AUGUCAUUCUUCGGCUUCGACACAACGAGCCACGACAAGGCAAAGCCCGGCUUCUCCCAGGCCCAUGACCCCUUUGCCGGUCUCUCCGGGCGGGAUGCCGAUGUCGAUGAUGCCCUCGAGUUCGAGGACACUUACGACGGCCUAGGCGACCAGCUCGAUGACGCCGACGACGCCUUCAACGAUGACACCUUUGGAGGGGGAGAUGUAGGUGGUGCGGCUGCCGCCAGCAGCCACCAGCUCCCGUCGUCCGGCAAGGUUGGCAAGGACUUUGACUUCUUUGGCCAGACAGCUAAGGUGUCCGGUGCCAUCGAGGAGGAACAGCUUCGCUUCGAACGCCAGCAGCCCACGUCGAGGGUGACUUCCUACCCGGUCCAGCCUCAGGUCCAGCCUCAGCCCCAAGGCAGCUACUACAGCGCCCAGCCUACGCAGCCGAGCUACCGCCCCGCACGUACGGGCUACGAGAAGUACAAGGAGGCAGAGCCGAUGCCUGACCUCAACGUCGACCGCAGCAUCUGGGGGAUCGGACCCGCCAAGACGGCCCCCCAGGCUGAACCUGCCCCGGCCCACCCGAGCCAGCCCUCCGGGUCGAGGAAGGUCUUGAGCCUGGAAGAGGUCGAGGCUGCCAUGCGCCAAAAGUCCGCGACCCCUGCCCAGGCUCCUCAGCCGUUCCCACCUCAGAUGCCUGCUGAGGUGCCUUACGGCCAGGUUCACCCCGCCUACCAGUUCCAGCAACUCCAGCAGAUUCAAGAACAGCAGCAGCACUUCCAGCAGCAGCAGGCUCAGCAGCAGCAGCAGCAGCAGGCUCAGCAACAACAGGCUCAAAAGCAGAAGACUCAGCAGCAGCACGGGCAACCGGUCACUAUCCUGCAGAGACCCCAGAGUAUCCAGCAGCCCAAGGCGACGCCCGCUGCUCAGGCCAUCCCGCCUCCUCAACCCCGCCAUGAUCAGCCCCUCGCUCCUGCCGUCCACCCGACACAGAUACUCCAGAAUCCCAACCGCAUGUCCGGCGAUGCGACGCGAGCUGGCCACCAGGCGAACCUGUCUCAAGGUGUCUUGUCCGGGAUCGCGCAGCUCCAGGCUCACCCUCACCUCAGCCAGAUGUCUGACGAGGAGAAGCUGGCCCUUAUGGACCAAGAGACCAAGAGGGCUAAGCGCAACCACAAGAUCUGGCUUCUCUCCAAGGACAACGGCCUCAUGACGCCCCAGGACAAGAACUUCAUCACCCGCAUCCAGCUCCAGCAGCUGGUGUCGGCCACUGGAAACCCCACGGAGCAGAACACGGAUGCCGCGCUGGCCGAGGACUUCUAUUACCAGGUUUACAGCCACAUCCGCGCCGGCCACCGCCAGAACCCUAGCCAGCCUCUGAGCAACUUUGCUCAGACGUACCUCUUCCAGACGGGAAGUCGUCAUGGUGGCAUGCGUCGUCAGGGACGACCAGCCGAGAACCACUUCCAGCGCAUGGAGCAGCAGGUACAGCGAGCCGUCGAGGCGGCCAAGAACAAGCCCAAGAACCCGCAGCUCGUCAUCGAGGGUAGCCUGGGCAAGAUCUCGUUCAGCAACGCCAAGACGCCCAAGCCCCUCCUCAACAUCAAGCGUACCGAGAACGAGUCGCCCCGUCCGCACGGCGCCAAGAAGGCGACGACUGCCGGCCUGGACCGUCGAUCCGUCCUCCGCAACGUCGAAAAGGUCUACACCACGCUCAUGAAGAUCGAGGACCACGUUCGCCUCAUACCCCCGCCCCCGACUGAGGUCAUGGAUGAGGAGCUUCAGAGGAGCCACGUGGAGUGGAAGGCUACCCUGGAUGGCUACCUCGCUCAGCUCUGGGACCAGCUGCAGGUCCACCACCCCGUCGACGUCGUCGUCCCCCACCCCUUCAUCGCCUUCCUCUCGUGCGCCAAGGGCAAGAAGGCGAUCCCUCGCAUCUUUCCCCACCUCGACUUCGAGAAGCGCACCACUAUCCUGACCCUGAUCAUCUACCACCUCGACCAGCUCGACGUGGUCCAGGGCGCCGUCACGGGCUCAGACACGACGCUCAACUCGAGGAUGCGCGAGAACAUCGAGCUCUUCGUCUCAGCCGUCAUGCCUUCUCUCAUGCAGUACUUUGGCGACACUGGUCUAGACAUCGUCGACGGUCUUCUGAACCUCUUUGCCAUGAAGCUCAACGUCGACAUGAUUGCCAAGACGAGGAUCGGCGUUUCCAUGCUCACACUGAUUCUCAGCCGCGCCGUCCUCCUGAAGCAGAACGGUGCCGGCGGCCCCGAGCAGUGGGAGAAGUGGGACCACACCUUUGAGACCUUGUUCAACAAGCUCGAGCCGUCCCUGCCCAACAUCUUUCCCGGCAGCGUCAACACGGGCGAAGACGUCUACGUCUGGCAGCUCCUCGCUGCCAUGGGUGUCAGCGCCAACCACGACCAGCAGACGAGGCUCGUGCUGGCCGUCAAGGACCGCGUCCUCGACACAGUCCAGCUCUCCAAGACUCUCCCUGCCGCCAUGGCUAGCGAACGUCUCGGAAGCGUCAAUCUGUUUAUGCGUGCCAUCGGACUCGAUGUCGAGCUACUUCAGUAA